UUUCCACUAUUUCCAGGUCAGUUUUAUCUUUAAGUGGUGUUUUUAUGUGUAGCAGGUUUAGCUGCCGCAGAUUUUAAGUAAGUAAGAGGUUUGUUCGUCUUUCUGGAGACAAGAAUCCGGUUUGUGAGGAAGUUAAACCUCAGCGUGUACAACUACAGGUCCCACAAUGCACCGCGGCCCGACGGUUCAAAUCAGAAUUUAAACGGCUAAUGCAGCAGGCGUGUGUUAGCAGUCCGACGACACUUCGCAAUAUCGGGACAUUUGGCUCGGUUUGAGAGUUUCUGGCUCUGUAAGACUCUUAUGCUGGUACCGACCCGGUCAGACUGGACUCUGCCGGCCGGACUCUCCCGUUUGGACCAUGACUCCGCCGGUUCUUGUCAGUUAGCGCUGCUGUGCUAAGCUAACUCGUUGCUAGCUGGUGACUUUCAGACUUGUAUUUGUCCUCUGCUUCAAACAUGAAUUAACUUCUCUCGGUUUAUCACGGGGAUGCUUUGUUCGCUGUAUUGACCGACAGUCUUAAACUAGUCCCGGAUCUCCACGGAACCAUGACCCUGGCCCCGAAGGAGCUGUCCAACCUGCUGAGCAUCAUCUCGGAGGAGGCUUGCACCAACACCUUCGAGAGCCUCUCCACACACUUCCACCACUACUUCGGGAAGGCGGAGCACUUCAGGGUGGGUUCGGUUCUGGUCAUGCUGCUCCAGCAGCCGGACCUGCUGCCCAGCUCCCCGCAGCGGCUCACGGCUCUCUACCUGCUCUGGGAGAUGUACCGCACCGAGCCGCUGGCCGCGAACCCGUUCGCCGCCGUGUUCGCCCACCUGCUGAACCCCGCACCUGCGGGGGAGGAGCCGGAGAAGCUGCUGUCAGGCUUCCUGCCUCCCAUCACCCAGCCCGAGAAGUUCUUCCUGUCCCAGCUGAUGUUGGCGCCGCCCAGGGAUCUGUUCAAGAAGACGCCCCGACAGGUGUCCUGCAUGGACGCCGGCAACAUGCCCCAGUCCAUCGACAUCAGUGGGCUGCAGCUCGCCUUAGCAGAGCGUCAGUCAGAGCUGCCCACGCAGAGUAAAGCCAGCUUCCCCAGCAUCCUCAACGACCCCGAUCCGGACUCGUCCAACUCGGGAUUCGACAGCUCAGUGGCGAAUCAGAUCAUAGAGUCUCUGGUCACGGGGCCCCGCCCUCCGCUGGAGAGUCACUUCCGCCCCGAGUUCAUCCGGCCGCCGCCUCCUCUGCACUUGUGCGAGGACGAGCUGGCGUGGCUGAACCCCACCGAGCCGGAUCACAGCAUCCAGUGGGAUCGCUCCAUGUGUGUGAAGAACAGCACCGGCGUGGAGAUCAAACGCAUCAUGUCCAAGGCCUUCAAGAGCCCGCUGUCGGCCCAGCAGCAGUCCCAGCUGCUGGCUGAGCUGGAGAAGGACCCGAAGCUGGUCUAUCACAUCGGCCUGUCCCCGGCGAAGCUCCCCGACCUGGUGGAGAACAACCCGCUGGUGGCCAUCGAGAUGCUGCUGAAGCUGAUGCAGAGCAGCCAGAUCACAGAGUAUUUCUCAGUGCUGGUCAACAUGGACAUGUCGCUGCACUCCAUGGAGGUGGUGAACAGGUUGACCACAGCCGUCGACUUGCCUCCAGAGUUUAUCCACCUCUACAUCUCCAACUGCAUCUCCACCUGUGAGCAAAUCAAAGACAAAUACAUGCAGAACCGCCUGGUCCGCCUGGUCUGCGUCUUCCUCCAGUCGCUGAUCCGAAACAAGAUCAUCAACGUGCAGGACCUCUUCAUCGAGGUUCAGGCCUUCUGCAUCGAGUUCAGCCGCAUCCGCGAAGCUGCCGGCCUGUUCCGCCUCCUGAAGACCCUGGACACCGGAGAAAACCCCACCGAGGCCAAACCUGCCAAAUGAUGGUCCUCGCAGAGACGCUGCAGACGGACGCCUUUAAACCAUCAGAGGGACACGGUUUGGUUCACCAGGAACCGGUGCUGCCGGCUCAAAUCAGUUAAUAUUGUAAAUAAUGUAGUGACGUUUCCUCCAGACUCUAAAUCCUCUUUGAGCUUUGUCACCGUUUCCCUCUUUCCCACAAAGUAAAAAAGGAUUAACGCAGUUCAGCAUUUCGUUUUGUACCUUUUUGUUUUCUUUCCACGCAAACUUUCUCUAAUUAAACUGACCGUUUCAUUGAGUC